AUGGCUUUUAUGGCGGACAAGAAAUUGGGAUCCUGGGCUGAUGAGAUGGAGGAUAUGCCAGUUUACUCUCAAACCGGGUAUGAUUCCGAGCCACGAACCCUCAACGCUACUGCUAGCACUUAUGCCAAUGGAAACAUCGCCGGCUAUACUCUAAGGGAAGAGCUACCACUACCUGAUAAGCCACCGUAUACCGUCCACCUCGGAAAUCUCUCUUUUGAAGCCACGAGCGGAGAUGUCACCGAUUUUUUCGUCAACUGUCAAUGCACUAACGUUCGGAUCAUCGAAGAUAAAGUGGAAAUGAAACCAAAAGGGUUUGGAUACGCCGAAUUUGCAUCACGAGAUGGACUAAAGCAGGCUUUAACACUCAAUGGACAUACAUUUCAUGGACGGAACAUUCGGAUUAGCGUUGCAGACCCUCCCAAAGAUAGAGGCGAUCGGUCCGAAGCAAGAGAUAUUAGUGAAUGGAGCCGUAAAGGGCCCUUGCCAGACUUGCCCGCAAGAUCAGGUAUGGGAACAAAUCGCCGUGAGGUUGAUCGUGGCUUUGGGGCCGAUUUUGGAGGAGAGCGUAGAGAGCGUUUUCCAGAGACCGAUGGAAAAGCUCGUGACCGCGGAAACUGGGAGAGAAAAGGUCCUCUAUCUCCAAUUAUACAACCAGAGCGCGCAUAUAGAGAGGGCGGUCGUCCAAGAACGAAUGAUAGCACACGGAUGGAUAAUAUACGGGAGCGAAAGUCUUCACCAGCUGCUUGGGGAGAAGGAGGCCAAAAGAAAUCUCAAGAAGAAUCUCGUCCACCUCGUCGAGAACUACAGGACCGACCUAUUCCCGACCGUGCACCAACUGCCGCUGAACAAGAUAACCAAUGGCGCAGCAGAAUGAGACCAGAUGUACCCGUUACUAACUCUCCUAUACGCUCUCGUGAUGGGAGCGAGGCACCCUCUUCCCCAGCCCUUGGUGUAGUACCUAGUGCCAGCAGACCGAAAUUGAAUCUUUCGAAAAGAACUGUCUCUGAUACCCCUGAACAGCUUUCAAACGUGGCCCCUUCCGAUGCAAAGCCUAGUCCCUUUGGAGCUGCUAAACCUAUUGAUACAGCUGCCAAGGAGCGAGAGAUUGAAGAAAAGCGACUAGCUGCUAUAAAGGAAAAGAGAGAAGCGGACGAGAAGGCUAGUGAAGAAAAACGCGAAGCCGCCAAGGCAUUAAAAAGCUCAAAAGAUAUUGAAAAAAUUGAGAUACUAAAGCGAUCUACGACAGGAGAUCCUGCUGGCGGAGACGGUGUGAAUGAAGCUAAUCCUGAUAAUGUUGUAAAGACAAAGGAACCUGGUCGAGAGAACAAACCCAAGCCAUCUGACUCAGGUGCUUGGAGGCGUGCCUCUCACACAGUUCCUUCAUCUCGGGAUGAUAUCCCUCGAGGACCCAGAGGUGCUCGCGGUGGCCCUGUUGGCGGUUCACGCGGUCGGGGAGAUGGUCCAAAACAAUACGAUGAUCGAGUAAAUCGGAAAAUCAUGAACGGUGAAUCCUCACCUGUCGCUAUCGUGCUAGAAGGCAAACCUGAAGCGGUCGCUCAAGUGGCGGAAGAAGAUGGAUGGAGCACAGUGUCGAAAGCCAAGAAAAACAACCGAUCUGGAAACCAGAGUGCACGGGCUGUAGCGUCUUGA